GACAGCAACCUACAGUGCUUUCAGACAAUCGUGCAUCCAGACGGCCUAUCAGCUGCUUGAACAGGGAGAUAUCAUCAUAAUUGAAGGGAACCAAAUGCUUUCGCAGCAUCAGCAUGCCGUGCCUCCGAGCGACUUAUCAAGCUUGCAGGAAGUUCAAAAUAGGUUAACCGAUCUUAGAGCGGGAUGUAGUAUGAAGCUGUGUGAUGAUCGUAUGCAAAUAUGGUCGAUAGUCCUCGAGACCCGAUCCUAUCUCAAGUCAGCCAAAGAAUGGAGGAUUUCUGUGGAGAAAGCGCUUCCCCAACUCAACAAUGAUCAAAAUCAAACCUUCUCCGGCACACGUUCUCGAAGCAUCCCUAGUCGCAGUUACUCAUUGUUGUCUUCGAUCACUGAGAUAUUGCCAGUCGCCUUGAGCAAGUUUCCCAAAGGAUCCAUGACAAAUUUGAAGGAGUGUUUGAGCGAAGAUGAUCCCUCGUUGCUGCACAAUGAUCCUUCAGCUCCUCAGUGCACCGGUCAUCCAACGAAGUGGGUCUCAGUUGCAAGACGCUCUGCUACCUUGCCUACGCCCAGCGAGACGCAUGCCGUUACGGACUGCACAUCCGUUACUGAGCCAUCAUUCAAUCUGUGGCUCGAAACAUACUUGCGAUCCAACGUAUUCGAUGAAGACACCUCAAAGAAGAUCAGAGACAUGAUCUAUCACGUACCGAUCGACAAGGAACUCGAUAAGUCCACCUUGGAGGACAUUCACAUGCUCAUCGUCGACAGUGGUCGGUUGAUUGACGCCAGCUCGUUCAUUCAAGAGCUCGUUCGUCGACGCGUUCAACCUGAACAAUGUUUCAAGGAGUUAACUACUGCUAUACUUCCACGAGCCGGAUCGAGACCAUCAAGGUCGCAGACCUUUCCUCCUAUCAACGAAGUCAGAGAUGAGGCAGUGGAGACCGUAGAGUCUAUGCUUCCGGCAUAUCUAGACUUUAGCCAUGCCGUUGGACAUGUCGAUGCUGAGGAGGUGUAACUGAGCAGGAUUAUGGACUUUGAACAGAUAUGGACUGUUGUAAUUCUAUUACCAGCAUGUUUGACAACUAGCAUCUCGUGUACUUACAUUUCCGCUGCUCCAUCUCAUCUAUAUUAUACGGGUGUCCUUCGCGAACUAAGAAGUAUCUCGGU